UUCCAAAACCGCCGCAUGAAGUGGCGCAACUCUAAAGAACGCGAAUUGCUGGCCGCCGGAGGCUCCAGGGAGCAAACUUUACCUAACAAGAACAACCCCAACCCCGAUCUAAGCGACGCGUCCGACGACAAACCGAAACUCGACCUGUCGGACGUUCAGGACAUCUCCCCUGCUAGUUCGCCUACCGAUCAACAGAUGGCGCUGGAGUCUCGAAGCCUGCAAAUCCCGAGUGCCGGGCAUCUGAUGCCGCAGGGCUACCAACUGUACGAUAACAUGGAUUACGAUAGUUCCAACGACAGCGACGAAGAGAUCAACGUGACUUGAUUUUGUUAGUUUUGCGAUUAUCUCGAAAACGGUUGGAGAUACGAGAAAGUUGUCAUUAAG